AUGAAAUAUCUGGUUGAAGAACUAGAAAAUGUUGGUGUCACGUUAAUAGCUGUUGAAGCUCUGAAUAAUGUUAGUUAUUCUAUAUCAACAAACAGAUCAACUCUUGAGCUAAGAGUUAUAAACGAUAGCUAUAAAACCUCUAUAAGAUUGAAAGGAUUGAAUUUAGACAAUUUAUAUGAUGAAAAAAAUGGGCACAUACAUCUGAGUGAAACAAGUUGUGGCUAUGUUAGACUAAAACGUAAAACUCAGGCAUUGACAAAUAGAAUCUCGCUGGUGGAUUUACCAGAUGACAAAUGGAAUAUCGAGCGUUUUAAGAAAAUGCAGGGUUUUCAGAUAGCCUGUAAUAACUGCAAACUUGUAGUUUUGGAUUCUGAAGUAAAUAUUAAGAAAAUCUCAGAGAUGCCAUCUGAAUUCUGGGCAGAAUUCAUGGAUUAUUGGCAUUGCCACAAACCAACUAUAGGAGAGUCAAAAACGGAUGCAAAACCGUACGAUUAUUAUAAAGAGUUAAAACCCCGUCUAAAUGAAGUUUUAGUCGGCAAUACUUAUUUUCAAACUAUUGGGUCAACUAUUGACAGGAAGGUGGUUGUUCAAACGGAUGGAAGUGUUGAUUGUAGUAAUUGCAGAUCUACGCUUGGGUAUAAGGAGGGUUCCGAAAUUCUAGUCCUCGAGAAACAGAACUUGCAACUGCAAGACACUUUCAAGGAACUAUCGGAAGAUUACCCGGGCUACCUUGUGGUGCUGGCAAGAAUACUCAGCUUACUUAAGUUCAACUCCACCAGAUAUUUUGCCCUUAAAACUGGGGGUCAAAAGCCGAUUUUUAUUUGGGUUCUUGCGUAUGAUUGUAGCGUUGCUUAUACAGGGAAUGAACUUGUUCAAAGAGCAUACAAGCUAUUAUAUAAGGAUUCGUGGGAUCGACCUCCAUCUAGUAUGGAAGACAUACAAUUAUCUGAUGAUCUAUUAGAUAGUUUUUUACAGCAACUGACCAAAAUUCAUGAACUGAUACCUGAAAAUCUCAAGAUGUUUAAUGGUUGGAAAGUAUCCUAUAUGUCUAUUGAGGAUACUAAUCCCAUAUAA